ACAAAAAUUUCCUUGCGCGAUAUCAUAAAGCACGCGCUGUCUUUUACGAGAGCAUCUGACGGUGCGAUAUCCUAAGGCAAGAUGCAUGGAAUGUCAUUUCAUGGCGGCGUCGCGGAAACUAUUCUGUUUAGUGGCUGGAACAUAAAUAAUGCGCAGGGAAUGGUCGGUUCCGUGAUCGGCGUCAUUCUUUUAACCGCAUUGUACGAAGGGCUAAAAUCUUAUCGUGAGUAUCUCUUCGCGCGCACGACGUUUCUUACGGAGAACCAAGAGAAGAAAUCCAGAAAUGCAUUAUUGUUUUCCGGAGUGCAUUUCUUCCAAACGUUUCUACACGUGAUCCAAGUGGUGCUUGGCUAUUUUCUCAUGUUUAUUUUUAUGACAUACAACUAUUGGCUUUGCAUCGCUAUCGGAGUUGGAACAGCUUUCGGAUAUUGGUUAUUCUCAUGGGAGAAAAGUAGAAGGAAGAAAGGGCCAAUGCGAGCCAACAUCAUGUGUAUGUGCGAUUUUGUCAAAUAUUUAGACCAAAUUUUUCAGAAUUCCAAACGUUUCGACCCGUUUUUGGAUCAUCCUCAGUGAAGCUGAUUAAAUCAAUAACUUAAAAUGACAAUGUCUCCGAGACAUAUCCUCUGACAAAUUCAAUGCGUUUUAUUUAUUUCUUUGAACUGGUGAUUGCCAAGUAAAGAGAAUAAUUGUUUGUUUAAAUUUUUCGAAAUUGCGAGAGGACAGUCACGACGAGUGGCAAAUAACAACUUACUUUUUGUACAUUAAUUAAUUUAUAUUUUCAAGAAGUUAAAUAAAGAUAACAUUUUCAAGAAACGUUAUCUAAUCUAAUCUAGCUUAUUACGGACAUGUUCACCUCGUUUAUUGCUGGCGUUGGUGUUUCAUUUAUCAGACAAGCGGACGUAAGUCAAUUCUUCGCUGAUGUUGAAUAUUUCGCCACUUGUCGAAUAACAUAAGAGCGUUUGACACGAUGGCGGACAAUCGGAGUAGCGCAGCAAAUUGUUGUUCGAAAUCCAACGAGCAUCAGUUUAAAUCGGCCCGUCAUAUUAUUUUCGGAUGGGACAGAUUCAAUUCCAUAUCGUGGUUGCUACUAUUAGUGCUCUUCUGCAUUUGGUGCAUAGCGUUCUUUUGUGCCUACAAACCAGAUCAGAUAAUAAAAGAUGAUCAUGAUCAUCAUUGAAGAGAGAAAUGUAUGGAGAAAACCAUAACUGAAUGGGAUUAUUAAUAGAACGUAAACGGAAACAUCGGAUUUUUACAAACUUAUCAAAAGAGAUUAUCUAAAAGAAAAAUGAAAUAAAUGUUCAAAAUUAAUAAUUUAGUAAUUAAAUUAUGUGUUAAAUAAUAAUUCGAUAGUAAAAUAAAUGUCUCUUGCAAAAAACAAUUUGUGAUAACAUUUGAAAAGCUGAACAUUAACUAGACUUUACUUGCAACUUUUCGCCUUUGCUGUUAUUUAAAAAAGAGCUGCACUUCUCGAAUUCGUUUAGAGGGUCCCUUUUCUACCCUGAAAGUACGAGAAAUUACAUUUGGGAAUUGCGAAUCCCAGGAGGAAUGCCACAGCCUACGCCCAACCCAAGCGUGCACAAUUGCACCAGAAAUAGAUGACAACAUGUUUGAUGCGGGAAAAAAUACAACAUUAGGAUAAAGUAUUUACGCGCUCUCAGAAUUUCUUUCCAAAUAGAAAUAAUAUUUUAAACCUAUUUGAUGCGAACAAAUAAGAAAUAAACAACUAUAAGCAGGAAAUAAUAAGGUUUCGAGUUUUUUCUCGCGAUGAUAAUACAGUAUUUAAAAUAUAUAUGUAUAUUAUUUAAACAUAUUUAAAGUAUACAUAUAUAGUAUAGUACCUAAGAUAUGAUAACAAGUGUUUGAAAAGAUAUUCUCUUAUUAUGAAGAAUCAAAUAUAAAAAUCAGAUUUUAAAUGUAUUAAUAAUUAUUAUUACUGUAUACUUCGCAUAACCAUUAGCUUUUUUAAUAACCUUAAUUGAAUAUUACCAUAAUAUCACAUUUUCUAUUUUCUACUGCAAGCAUACCGAUUUAAUGUAAGCAUCUAUAAUGUAUAGAGUGAAUUUAACAAUAAAUGCAUGUGUCACCAUGUGAUUUGUGACUUGAAUGUCUCGGUACAGA